UGAGAUUUAACACACAGACAGUGUGUGUCUGUAUGCUUGCCUUUGGGUGUGUGUGUGUGUGAGGGGGUUGGGGCUGGAGUUAAUGUAGCCCAGAUGUGGAGCCCAGAGGGGUUUGAGAGAGUUUGGUUACAAAACGAGGUUACCAAAUGUGCUUCUUAACACUGCCCCUAGCUCCACCCAGCACCUCUGUGUGUGUGUGUUUCUCUGCGUGUGUGUGUUUGUUACAUAACCAGCUGAUUGCAAGUCUGCGCCUGUCUUGUCUUUUAACAAAGGGAGCUCUGAUGAGUCCAUCGAUACAUUUUCACAAAUGAAGAAUUCAUAGCCAAUUAGCAAUCAAUAGAAAUUAUACAAAUUCUUAUACACAGUGAUUGAUUUAGGAGGUAUUAUUUACCACAUAAAGCAGAGAUUUAUGCAACAUUUAAUGUCAAACAAGAUGAUGCAGUUCAUCCAACUCUUCAUCUCACUGUGCUGUUACAAUACUGAAAAGAGUGAAAGGCAUUGGUGUUCAAGUCCCCGUGUUUCAAACAUUUUAUGAAACUAUUAACAUUCAAAAUGAACAGCAAUGAACAAUCGAAUCACUGGCAGAGCUUUUUAUGAGAAAUAAUAAACAGGUUUUCACUGUGGAGUUCUUAAACAUCACUGCCUCAACACUGCUGACAAUGUAGUUUGCUGCAAGAUAAUGCAUAUUUACUACAGUUGGUCUAUUAUAUCUAGAAAGUUACAUUUUUUAUCUUAUUUCAAGAGUUUACUGGCUCAUAGUUUAUUUGAGCCCUUUUCCCAGGUUGCUUAAGUUGAGCAAAAGUGGCUCUAAUCUCUAAUUUCUUAUUGUGUAUGUGGUGUGUCUUUUUGGAGCUUUCGUGUGCCAUGUGGUGAAGAAAUUUUCACUCUUACCAAACAGCUGUUUUGAUAGUCCAGGCAUGCAAGAGCAUUUGUGAUGGAGGAGGGGUGUUAAAAGAACCCUGUUAUAUACCCACUCUCUUUUCUUCUCAUUCUUCCCUCCUCAACUCCCCCAACUUCCAUUCACGCGUGCCAGUUGUGUAACGGCAUUGAUUUGCAUGCCUGUGGGAGAGGGCCAAAGAGUUUUUGUAAUGCAGAAGCUAGCAGUAGGAGGGAGGGAGGAGACAGGAGGAGGUGGUAGGGAGCAGGACUCUGCAGGAUAUAAAGGAGCCUCCACUUGCCUUUUCCCCCUUAUCUCAUCCUGAUAUUUCACUCACCGCUGGAGAAGCUCAGAACACAAAGGAGAAGCCAUGAGGAACACACUGCUGAGGAUGCUGGCCGCACUGAUGUGCUCGCUGGCUGCCUGCGCCGACGUCACGCCUGUAACAGACUUCGACCUGGAGAAGAUGGCAGGCAAGUGGUACAUUACUGGCUUUGCCACUAACGCUCAGUGGUUUGUGAACCACAAGGCAGGGAUGAAGGUUGGCACUGCCAUGUUAGUGCCAACUGCUGGAGGAGACCUGGACCUCUCUUAUGCCAACCUGAACGCUGAUGGUACCUGUUGGAGAAUGACUCACCUUGCUAAGAAAACAGACACUCCUGGACGCUUCACCUUCCACAGCCAGGUUUGGAACAAUGACAAUGACAUGCGCAUUGUUGACGUUCUGUACGAUGAGUACGCUGUGGUCCACACUAUCAAGACAAAGGACGGAGUGUCUGAGGUCCUCAACAAGCUUUACAGUCGCACUCCUGAGGCCAGUGUCACCCUGCAACAGAAGUUCACACAGUUCUCCCUAGAGACUGGCAUCCUCCCCGACAACAUUGUCAUCUUGCCUAAGAACGCUGAGUGUCCUGAGGCCUGAAGAGUCCCCUGUCAUCCUCAAUCUCUUGCUCUCUGAAGUCCCAGGCUUUUAUUUCAGAAGAGUCUUCUUUUUUUCCCCCUCACUAUGAUGUCUGCAGUAUCACAAAGCUGCACCUGAGACAAUGAAACCCAAGCAUUUUACUCCAAUCCCUGCUGCGUACCAAAGACCAAUCCUGAUCCUAAUUCAGACCUCAUUCUCUCCAACUCACGCAUUAACUGUGGCAUCAGAAUGGAACAACAAAGAGCUGAUAGUGAGACAAAGGGAAGGACUACAUGAGACUGGGAAAGUUGUCAGUUUGCUUUUUUACACGUGUGUCUUUUGCAACUGCUGAUUUUCAUUUGUAGUGUUUUAUCUUUUGUUGAAAUAAACUCAAAGCCAAUAAAAAUUUA